AUGAACGUUCGACCUUUUGUUCAGUUAGACAAUCUCAACCCUGCUUUAGACCAUCAAAAGAUAAGAGUCCGUAUCAUAAGACUUUGGAAAUCAUUCAAGUCCCUUCAGAUGGUCUUCGUUGAUAGUGAUGGUACAAGGAUACAUGCAUCUAUUGAAGAUGGUUUGUUCAACAGGUUUCAAAACCAGCUCGCUGUCGGCGAGUCUAAAAUAGUCGAUACGUUCAGCUUAGUGGAUUAUGCUAAUGUAAUCGGCCAAAUUGUCAGUGUUGGAAAUCUUAAUAGCGUCAAAACGAAAGGGAAGGAUAAUGUCAAAUUGAGCUUCGAUUUGCAAGAUUUAACGUAUGUAACUUUAAAACCCAAAGUGACAUUAUAUGAGGAGUUUUUCAUUGUGAACGAAAAGAGUACUAUGGACCAAAUCGUUUAUGCACUUGAAGACGAUACUGCACCUAUUCCUGGAAGUCUCUCUGCCUUGGUAGGGAGGACUAUGCUGUUUAAAAUUUCGAUUACAAUCAAAAAUUUAAAAAGCGACAAGUCUGCUUAUGUUGUCGAAAAGUUUUGGGAAAAGGAAGACAUGGUUGUGCAAUUUGGAAAGGAACUGUAUGGAAGGAAUGAACUUUAG